UCAGAACUAAUCCAGAAAUGAAUCAGAACAAAUCAGAAAACAUUCAGAAUAAAACCAGAAUAAAAUCAGAAAUAAAAUCAGAACAAAUUCCAAAAAAAAUUUUCCCGCAGCUUCCCAUCGUAACACGCAGAAAAGCCUUAUGGAGCACUCCAUUGCCCAGAACUCGACCAUUUAGUCAUUCUUGGGCCUGGUUGUACACAAAACCGCCAACAGCGGCCACACAAAGACAACAACAAACAACAACAAUAGCACCGGAAGUAAACAAUAAAAUAGAGAAAAGUGUGAUAAAUAACAAAAAUGUGGAAAGUAAAGAAGAACGAAUAAAAAAAAUUAGCGAGGAAACAAUAAAAACCACAACGCCAAGACAAAUGCAAAAUGAAGCAAAUUUAAAUACAAAAAGUUUAGAGACAACAAAAACAAACAAAGAAAGAGAACAACAAACAAACAAAACAAAAACAGAGAAGGAGAAAACACAGGAAACAACACAAACAACAACAUUCCCUCCAAACAAGGCAACAACGAUAAAUAGAGAAGAACAACAACAAAUAAACAUAAAAACAAAACAGUUAGAGAAAGAGAAAACAGAAGAAACAACAAAAACAACAACAAAAGCAACAACAAAAACAUCAACACAAACAACAACGACUACAACACUUUCUCUAAACAAAACACCAACAAAAACAACACAGUUAGAGAAAGAGAAAGAAGAAACAACAACACGAACAACAACAACUACUACAUUCUCUCCAAACAAAUUAAUUAUAGAAAAGGAAGAAAAAGAACAUUUAAUUGAAAGAUUGCGUAAAUUACUCAAAAAUGCAAAUUUGAAGGGCGUGUUUCCCUCAGAGAACAAUAAAGUUGUUGUGGAGGUGCGCUCAAAUGUCAUCGCUAUUGAACCUGCUGUUGAUUCAAAAAAUGUUGAUCCGUCAAAAACAGGCAGUGGAUUUGCUUGGCCCCGUUCUUGGGAGAAUAAUGAAGCCGAUGACAGAUUGGCAAUUCGAAGUUGGGCUAGAGAGCAUUCCCGCCAACCUGACCACCAAUUAGUUUUGCCUUUCCAAAAUAAUCCUGACGAAGGAGAAGAGCCUAUUUCUACCCCAAAACAGCUUCCAAACAUUCUCCAGUCUUCAAUUCAAUUUACAACUACUAAAAUUCCAACAACAAUUAAAACAACAACAAAAGUACCAACAACUGCAAGAAAGAAGGGAGUAGUUAAACCAACUUUUUUCAAUUCUGGGACUCAUCGACAUACAGGCCCAACAUUCAACUGCCGCGUGUUGGAUGCAGCGGUGGAUGGCAUACCGAGUGAAAACAAUGACCAGACAUGCCCCUUAGAUUUUCCAGGAAUAGCUUCUGAUAAAUCUUGUAAAUGUACCUAUGAAGUUUCCGGUAGAGAUGAGGAAGGGUGUGCUACAGGAUUUAUUUACACGUGUCUGAGGACAGUUAAAUCCUCAAAUAACGACUUGAAAAGUUAA